UUAAGAUGUCGCCACUUUGUCGCUAGAAGAAGGCUCAUUAGGGAGAAGUCUUGGCUUGGAAGACGUCCAGCAGCUACUACUAGGUACAGCAGUCAGGAAAGCUUAAGCGAAAUUUCACAACGUGGUAGCAUUCAUUGAUUCCUCUCGGGCGAACAGGUGAACAUUUGGUUUAAAACGUGUCAUCGGCGAUCAUUCUUACGUCCGUUUUGUUCGUCAACCACAUGGUACAAAGCCAACGAGUGCCCCGAAGAACAAGGAGAACCUAGGCGUUGCCUACAACGCCAUCACCGUUUACUGGUCCUUCACAUACAAUGGGAACUUUCAUAGGCCAUGCAUUGCCCGGGACCUUCCUCUUCUUUUUCGGAACAUGGUGGACUUUCGCGGCCUGGCGCUACUACGUCCGCAGCAGGGAGGACAAGAAACCCUACGCGUGCCGUUGCUCGUACCCGGUGCCUUGUCUGUCCCGGAAAUUCAGCGCAGAAGGCAUCUUGAAGAUUGUCAGCUGCUGCGCCGGCUUUGCCUUCGAGGCUCCCGUUACUUUCAGAAGCGACGUCAUCGUAGACGCGGCGAGCACUCAGCAUAAAGCGAUGUACUCGUUUUACCUGCUCAACGGCGUAGUAGACAUCAUGUACAACGCCGGGUUCCCGUUCCCUUCGCACACAGACUAUGUGGCACUGCUGCUCGCCGUCACCUCCGAGGGCCUGCUCUUCUACUUCCACGUGCACGGAAGGACGCACCUCGACGCCAUGGUGCACACGCUCUUGGUUUACACCGUGGCUGCCGUGGUGAUCUGCAUCACAGCCGAGAUGUGUCGGCCCCGAAGCGUCCUGGCGUCCCUGGGUCGAGCGUACUUUUGCCUGCUGCACGCGACGUGGAUGUGGCAGAUCGGCUUCAUCCUCUACAAUCCGCUGCCCGGAUACAAACCCUGGGAUGCUAACAGCCAUAUGGACUCUAUGUUAGCCGCCGGCGCAUUCGCGUGGCACAUGAUGGCUGUGUUGGUCUACGUUGGCGUGUUGGGUGCUGUGGCCUGGGCGGUGAACCGAAAGUGCGGCAUGUUCUGCCAUGACGUCGUCUCCGUGAAUGCGGAGGAGGCUGAUGAGCUCAGCGAAGCACUUGUAAAGCGUCGCAUGUGA